AUGGGCCUCACUUGUUUCUCCCUCCAUCUUGGCAGCCCUCUCUAUGACCAGUACUGCAAGGACCACUUUUCCGAUGGCAACUGUGACAAGGGCUGCAACAGUGCCGAGUGCGAGUGGGACGGCCUCGACUGCGCCAACCACGUGCCCGAGAGGCUGGCCGACGGGACGCUGGUGGUGGUGGUGCUCAUCAACCCUGAUACCCUGAGGAACAACUCACUGAACUUCCUGCGGGAGCUCAGCCGGGUCCUGCACACCAACGUGGUCUUCAAGAGGGACGCCAAGGGCGAGUCCAUGAUCUUCCCGUAUUUUGGGAACCCGGAAGAACUGAAGAAGCACCGCAUCAGGAGGGCGCUGGGCGGCUGGCCGGACGUGUCUGAAAUGGUGCUCAGCGUGAAGGAAGCCGUCCACUCGAGGCUCAGCCGGAGGCCAAAGAGAGAGCUGGACCAGGUGGAAAUCUACGGGUCCAUCGUUCACCUGGAAAUCGACAACCGCCAAUGCAUCCAAGCCUCCUCCCAGUGCUUCCAAAGCGCCAACGACGUGGCGGCAUUCCUGGGCGCCUUGGCCUCCAGCGGCAACUUGGACAUUCCCUACAAGAUCGAAGCCGUGAAAAGUAAGAGGUUCUGACCCAAACACCACAAACCCCCUGAAGUCAACCGAUUCCUUUGUUAGGAGCUCCAGCAAAAAGUUUUAUCUCACAGGCUAAUGGAAGAUG